UACUAAAUACAAAAGUAAAAACAUAAAUUAUAAAUAGUUCAAGCAUUUUGCAAUAAAACUUUUCCUUUUUUUAAUAAGGAAAAAUAUGUUGGUGAAAAGAACAAAGAAAGUCAUGUAAAUCACAAAGAGUUCAAUAACCCAAAUACAAAAAGAAAAAGCACCAACUAGGCGUCGCUUAGAAAAUACACACACUACACUAACUGAAAGGAGAAAAUUUUAUAAAACAAAGAAGGAAAUCAAGGAGGGCAGGAAAAGCGAAGAAACGCAUUAUUUUCCACUCCAAAUAAUAUGGAAAACUUGACCAAGUUUUCCACAACUUCCGAGACAUCAGCAGCGGCAGCAGCAGCAGCCUGUAAAUGUGAUUCCUCAUCAAUGAAUAUGUCUUUUGCGGGGGGUGGUAGCAGUGGUGGCGGUGUUGGUGUUGGCCUGGCAAGUAGUGGCGGUGGUGCUGUUGGUGGCAACAACAAAGUAACCACCCCUCCGGUAUCGGCGCAUACAUCCACAUGGCUGGCGGCAUUGCAUGUCAACAAUAAUAAUAACACGACGAUGGAUAAAUCCUUUAACGCAAAGGACAGCAGUCAUCAUCAACAUCAUAACCACCAUCAUCAACAUCAUCAUCAUCAUAUGUGUGGUAAUAAUUUAACAACAACAACAUCGAACCUUGUCGGCUGUGAUAUGUAUCAAAAGAAUUGUGGAAAAACGACAUUUUCAACGUCAACAGCGACGAAUACAAUGGCCAGAGUGGCUCUUAUCGAAGAGGAUGAAGGAGGUGGUAUUGUUGGCAGUGGUAGCAGCAUUGAUGGCAACAAGCAACUGUCUUCAUCUCAGAACGGUACAGCUUCCGAUUAUGUUUCUGCUUCCGCCAUGCAAGCUUUAGGCUGCAAAGAUGAUACUGAUGUUGUGAUUAAUGCGGCUGCAUCUUCCUUGCUACAAACCGAGACUGAUUACGAUUCUUAUGAUAUGUGUGGCGCAGUAUCGCUUUCACCUCCUCUCUUGGAUGAUUCCGAAGCAGCUGCUGCUGCAGCCCUUGGUGGUGUUGGUGAUCUUGGCUUAGGCGAUGGUGGCCAUUCGAAUCGUACUUCCCUCAAUAAUUCCACCGAAAACCUCAGCUAUAUAAGUGAUAACUUCUUUGGCGAUGAUCUCAUUCUAUUGGGUGAGGAUGGUGAUUUGGAAGCUGAAGAGCUCUCUCUCAACUCGGAUGAUUGUAUCUAUACGUAUCGUGGAGCAGGGGCGGAAUUUGAUUUGACACAGCCUCCCAUGGUGUGUUUGGCAGGCAAUUUUGGUGGUGUACAUGGCCCCGGGAAUAUAGCCCAAGAGGAAGAAACCGACUUUCUAGAAAUGGAUUUUGAUCCUGAUCCGCCCUCGGAGUUGGAAUACAAUCAAGCUGCAGAUUUAAGAAACUGUGUAAACGAUAGCAAGGAUCCCUAUCUUAUGCAAAGAGAUUCAUGCCACCUGGUGACACCACCCAAACAGAGGCAUCAAUUAUUUUCUUCGCCCAUAGAUGAUUUGCCGCCAGCGCCCAAGGCUUUGCAAGCUCAAUCACUGCUGAGUAAAAAUUUUGCUCGUAUUACGCUGCAUUUGGAUCAAAUUCAAAAAGACUAUAGUGGCGAGGAUGAUGAUGAGAAGGGUACUAGGGAAAGGUUAAACUCUGCCCUGGAUACAAGGCCCUUGGAGGAGGAAUUUGUUAAGGAGAGAGCAAUGGAUACCUGCCACUCUUUACCCAAUACUUUACAUGAUCACUUUACCAAUAGAUGCAAUUCCGAAUCGGCAGUUAUAACUGCAUCCAAAGAUGACAAUGCUUUGACAGCGCCACUACAAGUUCUGGGCACCAACAAGUCACCUUCAAAGAUAACAGGAGCCAAACCCAAACGAUUGUCGACUUUCUCCUCUACAUCCUCCACCUCUUCGAAGAACUCCUCGAAAUCACGAAACUCUCUGAGAUCGGCUUUUCAAACCAUAAACACUUUGGGCAUAAGUUCAAGCUUUGAUGAACGUAGCGUCAGCUGUUCCGAAUUUCGCACUGAAAGAGAUUCAUCCUCAACCACGGCAGUGAAUUGUAAACAAAACUCCUUGUUGGCCAGCAAUGCUCCACACACAGCCCCCACAACGGCCUCCAGCUUAAUGCCAGAAUUCAAUGCCUUCAACGAUGAGACAUGUCUGGAUUGUUUGGAAAAGGAAUUUCUGGCCAAUACCAUAGGCAAAGCUUUAGAUCCCCUAGGCUGUUCAAAGUGUCGCAAACGCUUGGGUCGCUCGUCCCUUUACGGUCACCACCAUCAUCAUCAUCAGCAGCAGCAGCAGCGUUCUACUCGUGAUAUCAAUGCCUGCACAUCCACAUCGAAAUAUAGACGUAGUGCUUCCCCCACAACCACAUUCUUUUUUAGCGAUCAAGCAUCGUCACCCACUUCAAGGCUGUUCUCAUGUGAAUUUCUCAACUCCCAGGCACGCAAACGACAAGAAUGGGAUUCAUUUAUGCAAGAGCAAAAGGAACUGCCCACUUCGGAGAUGUUGGCCACCAGAAUGCAUCAUGGAAUUGAUGCAGCGGGUAAAUUAAAUGUGGCUCGCACCAAAUCGGCUGCUGCUAUGGUAGAUGUUAGAGAUUUAAAUGACAGUCUAAAGAAUUUAGAAACAAAGCUAUUUAAGAAUCUCAAGCCACCUGAUCCUUGCACGGCUAUACUUUCAACCAACAACCUUAAGGAAUCUAGUCUUGUGCAGGCACUGGACAAACUUCAAAUAGCCUAUAACCAAGAGCUUUUGAAGAUGUAUUUUAAAAAAUCCCUCAACAACAAUAAUGCAAAUAUAAACAAUAAUAAUUUUAGCAGUUCCUCAACAAAUAUCUGUAUAACAACUUCUCAUCAAGAAUUUAAAAAUUUAAAACAAUUCCUUUUGUAUGUCUCCAAGAGACCGGCCAACUAUCACAAACUGCAAAGGUUGAUAAGAAAAAUAACACAACAACAAGUUAUAGUGCAAUUUAAAAAGGACACCUCUAUAACCGAAAUGGAAAUGGUUCCUGUAAGAGUAUCCGAAAUUUUACAUUACUGGUCGCAAUGUAAAAAUUUAGAGUGCUUAAAGGAUAUGGAUAAGCGAUUUCAAGAUGCAAAUGUACUGGGGAAAAUUGCUAACAUUAUAAGGCAAGCCCAUCAACGUUCAUCCAGCUCUUCACGACGCCCCGAUUACAUUUAUAUACCACAGUAUUAUCCCAGUGGAUUUCUAACAUUAUCCGUGAAAUGUUGAAAUUCCCAUAAAAUUUCAGUUAAGCAAGACAACUUAAAAACAAAAAGAAAAUCUAUGCAAUAAGGAGCAAAAACUGAAGCAAGAAUAAGCAAAAACAGCUUAGCGGCUAAAUGUCGUCAGCAACAUAGCUCUGUUAAUUUUUUUUACAUUUGUAGCACAAUUUGCCAUACUUGAGUGUAUGUUCUUUUUGUAUGUAUUGUUGUAACAACAAGGAAACGAAAUCCAAUAUCUGCAAUUAACCUAUCUCUAUCUAUAUAUUUAAUAUAAAAUAUUAUUAUUAUUAUUACUAUAAACAUGAUAACAAAACCACAA